AUGCUUGCAACGUACCGGAAUGAGGAGCUCGAGGUUGGGGUGCGGCAGUUUCUGGGCGCGCUGCGGCAGCGUGUGGACGCGGCGCGGGCGAGCAAGUGGCGGGCAGUGACGGCCGCGUCGCGGCGCAAGGCCGAAGCAGCGGCGGCGAAGCGGCGUGCGCGGCGUGCGCUGCCGGGGCCAGAGCUGGACGAGGACGUGCCGCUACCGAUGAAUGUGGACGCAUCCGCCCUGCCGACCGACUCGUCCACCUCGGUCAAGCGGUACUCCACCAUUGCGCCGCAGCGUGCGGGAGGCGGCGAGACGGUGCUGGCGGUGAAGCUGCCGCGAGUCCGGCGGCUACCGAUGCACCAUUUGGCACCGAUGGUGGAGCAGCUGACGCGGUCUGACGAUGAUCCGCAUCUGCGGUUCCUUCCGUGGCACGGCGACGACAAGGAGGUCAACGUUGAUAUCUCGCUCUACUCGUCAGUUCUCGGCGACUCGAAUGGGCUCGACGACAUUGUGGAAAUCCAGUUUCUCAUCCGCUCGACUUUUGAAGCUUUUGGCAACACCAUGGAGACAGCGGCAGUGCUGGGCUCGCUUGUCGGCGCGCGAGCGUACGAUCUGCUCCGUCGGUACAACGAGACGGUCGAUACGGUGGCACGGCGAGCGGGGAGGGUGGCGCGACAGCAACAAGCAGUGCUGGGUAAUGCCGAGCUGACUAACUCGGUCUUGCACCCAGGCGUGGUGCUUCAGCGAGUCAAGCUGCCAGCGAGCGCGCAGUUCCGCGGAGCCGGACGGCGCAGCGAGGACGGCGAGGUGGUUAUUCCGUCGGACGAGGCGCUUCACGAGAGCUACCACUCGCUCUUUUGCCGAACGUGCUACACGUACGGGUGCGACCUGCACAGCAUCGAACCGCAGAACUUUCCGCCCAAGCCGCAGAUCCCGCCGUGCCCCAAGGUCCUGCUCGACAUGCUGCAUCCGGUCGGGGCGACGGAACAGAGCAAGUUUGUGAUCGAGGCCGAGGUGUGGGAGUCGUACGCGUGCGGGCCAGAGUGCCACCUCCACGAUCCGCGGGCGCAAGCGCUGAUGCCAUCGAUUCUGGUGCGGCGGCGAGAGAUGGCAAGCGAGGGUGGAAGUAGCGGCGCGAGCGGUGAGGCGCGGUACCGCAAGCUGAUGGCGUCGCUACGAGACGGGUUCACUAUGACGCAGGAUCUCCACGGGUGGCUCCCAUACGAAAUCGCGCUGCUGAGCAAGGGGUUCACCAUGUAUGCAACCGACUACUGUGCGGUGGCACGGAUGGUGCCUGGGCGGACUUGCCGCCAGGUCAAGACGAUGCUGCGGGUGAUUGGGCUGUCUGAAGAGGACGAGGCAUCGCUGGCGUGGAUCCUGUACUUUGCAGCGCAGGAGGAGCCAGGCCCGGCGCCACGUCUCGGCAUCUCGUCGAGUCAGGUGCAGAACCCUGAUGAGAUGUCGAAUCCGCACUUGCGACCGUGCAGCCACCUCGGCGCGUGCACGGACAACUGCUCGUGUGUGCGUCACCGCGGCUUUUGCACGGAGCUCUGCUCGUGCACGCGCAACUGCCCGCGGCGGUUCCCCGGGUGCGCGUGCCGGAACGGGUGCACCAACAAGUCGUGUCCGUGCCGGAUGGCCUUCCGCGAGUGCGUGCCCGGCAUUUGUCGAUGCCCGUCGAACGAUGCAGAGGUGCGAGUGCGGAAGGAGCCGUUGGUGGCAGACUCGCUGCGGCGGAUGCUGACGACCGUGGCGUCGUCGCCGCAGGACGAGAUGAUGCUUGUGCAGGCAGCGGCAAUGACCGGCAUUUCGUCGGUCGAGAGCGGGUCGGGAUCUAGCGAGAGCUCAGGGUCGGCAUCGGACUCGUCCUCGUCGACGUCGCUCAACGAGCGGCCUCGGAAGCGGCGGGCUUCGCGGCGGAAGCGUGUGCAGCGGCGCGAGCCGGUGACCGGGACAGCGCCACCGGCAGCAGCGGUGCAGCCGUGCCGCAACCUCGCGCACUUCAACAAGGUCCACAACAAGGUUGUCGUGGGCAUAUCGACGGUGGCCGGAUGGGGGCUCUUUGCCGGGCAGCCGAUCUCGCGUGGCCAGUUUAUCGGCGAGUACGUCGGCGAGGUGGUCUCGAGCACUGAGGUCGAGCGGCGGCACUCGGAGUACAGCUCGAUGCGUAUCUCGUACGUCUUUGACUACAACCGCGAUUUCGUCAUCGACGCCUUCCGCAAGGGCUCUGGAACCAAGCUCAUCAACCACUCUGACGAGCCAAACGUCCACCCGAUGACCAAGGUUGUCAACGGCGUCGAGCGUGUGGGCCUGUACGCCUCGCGCGACCUGCGGACUGGCGACGAGCUCCUGUUCUGCUACAACUACGACAAGGAGAAGCGUGAAUGGUACCUCGACUCGGAUUUCCAGCAGAUUCUCGAGGCCGAGGGCAACAAAGAGGCGCCACUGGUCGUCGAGUAGAGGCAGAAUAAGUAAAGUCAGCCGUGGCCGA